AUGCAGAAUAAUCAAAAGGUUGGGAAAGUCACCCUAGGACGCUCUGGAAACCCACCUCCCCCGGUAUACGACUCGUACGUACGUGAAAAUGCGACCUUCUUCUCGUUGGUUCGAAAUUCAGACUUCCAGGGCAUUCUUCUGUCGAUUGACUCGGUGGAAGAGCGCUUCAACAAAGUGUAUCACUACGAUUGGGUGUUUGCCAACGACGAGCCGUUCACGCCGGCGUUCAUCGAACACGUCACCGCCCGUGUGAGCGGUAGCGCCCAUUUCGUGCAUAUUCCCGCCCAGUUCUGGGGAUAUCCCCCGUGGAUAGACUUGGAUAAGGCAGAAAGAGCCCGUAAAAAUAUGAAGGAAAACAAAAUCAAGUACGGCGCUUCCCAGAGCUACAGGCACAUGUGCCGGUUCAACUCCGGCUUCUUCUUUCAUUUGCCAGUGAUGAAAAACUACAAAUAUUACUGGAGAGUUGAACCUGAUAUCGCCUUCAAAUGCGAUCUUUUCGACACCGACUGGUUCAGGUUCAUGAGGAUCAACAAAAAGAAGUAUGCGUUUGUGCUAGCUCCUCUUGAGUUGCACAUGACCGUCAAGAACCUCUGGAGAUCUACCAAGAUGUUCUUCUCCGAAAAUCCUGAUUUAUUGCAUCCUGAUAACUCUUUUUCGUUUCUCUCCGAUGAUAAUGGAGACAACUACAACAUGUGCCAUUUCUGGUCCAACUUCGAGUUAGGUGACAUGGACUUUUUCCGACUGUCCGCCUACACCAAGUUCUUUGAAUACUUGGACCAGGUUGGAGGUUUCUACUAUUCUCGUUGGGGAGACGCCCCCGUCCAUACUUUGGCUGUCACUACUCUUCUAUCUAAAGACGAAGUGCAUUAUAUUCCUGAUACCGGCUACUUCCACAACCCCAACGGCAACUGUCCCCGUGACGAUGCCAUCAGACGGGCUCGUCGAUGCUCGUGCCUGACAAGAUUUGAGCACACCUGGUCAAGGGGAUCCUGUAUUCCCAAAUGGUACGAGGUCAAUGAGUUGGAGAAACCAUCAUACGGGAUCAAGUUUAAAAACGUCCACAAGUUUGCGGAAAACGAGGAUGCUGACGAGUACGACGACUGGUAA